CAGUAAAAUUUGCUCGUACAAACAAAUUCGUAAUAACAUACCCUUUAGCGCGAAACAUUCAAUUUAAAAAUAUUUUUAUUAGGCAACAGCCUAUCCAAAUAAAAUAAAGUGCAAGCGCGGGGACAACACUUCACACUCAAAAUUUAAACAUAAAAAACAACAGAAUCUGUGCCCUUCCGUGGAUUAAAACUUAAAAGGUAACGUGCUCAACUUUCCGAAUUUUUCCGAUUAUAACAUACAAUAGUUCGCUUAAACCAGGUCCAUAAUAAUUAAAAAUAAUAGUUCAAUAAAUAAAAAUAUAAAAAUAAAUAAUAAUAAUUUAGAAAUUUUAUAUAAAAAACUAAGAACAACUGGAAUUUAAAACUGGGACAGUACCUUGGGAGCAGUCAUAGCGGGUAUCAGUUCAUGCUUCACGUAAUCCAAAAACACCUCAUCAUCCAUAAUCACCGACUGGUUCACGCCCAGCCAACAGCGAUCAUCGGCUGCUCGUGAACUGGAAGCCAAGCGCAAAUUGCCAUCGGACAGUAUGAGCGGACGCAGCAUGGUUCCCGCGGCGUUUCCCCCCGCCAGCACCGUAAUUAACUCCCUCGCCUUCCCGUCGGGCAGAGAGGCGAAACUCUUCUCCCCCCGACGCGGCAAGACCAACUUGAUUUUCUCUGCGACAGAGAAGGCGCUCUCGUCCAGAUUCCAGACCCCCCGGGGGUCCUCGCCGGUGAUGGCGCUGUACGCGCUGGCCAGCGGGAUGGUCGAGCCGGUCUUUAUGGAGUUGAUGAAGAACAAGGUGUGCUUGGUGGAUCUGCAACUAUCGCCGGAUGUCUGUCGUAAUUUGAUGAAUGAGACCGCCGCCGUGGAGGUGCAGACGGGCAUGAUGCAGGUCAAGACGUAUGAAGCGCUCAUCGACGCCGUCUCCUGCGUCGUCUUCUCCAUUUUUCUAGGUUCGUGGACGGAUGAAUUUGGGCGGAAGAUAUUCCUGUUCAUUCCCUUCAUCGGCUACGUGGUGGCUUACGCUUAUACCACGGCUUAUACAUACUUCCAAAUGUCCGCGUAUUAUCUCCUCGUUACUCCCUUCCUUUACUACUGUACCGGCGCCAUGCUAUGCUUCAACACGGCGCUAUACAGCUUCCUGGGCGACUACACAACGGAAGCUAACCGCGCAAUCAACGUCGCCGUUAUCGUCGCCCUCCGCACUGUCUCCCGUGACGCCGGCGGCGUUCUCGGCGGUCACAUGUUGGAGACGUACGGCGACUCCGCCCCCUUCUAUCUCAUCACCCUGCUCUUCCUCGCCGGCUUUCUGUACGUCUUCUUCUUCAUCCAUGACCUGGCGCCCUUCCACAGCCCCAAACGCUGCCGCUGCGGCAGCGCCCUGGCGUGUCACCGCGCCAACGACGGCUGGCACGCCGUCGCCCGCCCGCGCGCCGGGCGGCGCCGUCUCCUGCUGUGGGUGAUGCUCUUCUGCCUGCUGCUCAUCGGCAUCUGCAUUUCCGCGGACAUCUCCGUGCACCAGUUCUACCUGGAAUUCGGGCCGUUUUUCUGGACGCUGCUGGAGUUCACGGUGUUCUACCUGGUGGUGGGGGUGGUGGAGAGCGUGGUGACGGUGUUAACCGUGCUGCUGCUGAAACUGAAGCUGAACAUGCCGGACGCGGUGCUCGGCGUGCUGGCCAUCCUCUCCGCCAUGGCUUCCCUCCUCGUCUACGGUUUCGACGAUUCCCCGGGGACGGUGUACAUUGCCGGGGCCGUGGGCGUCUUCCGGAUGCUGGCGCUGGUGGCGGCGCAGUCCAUCAUCAUGGGCAUCGCCGAGCGCCACGAAAUGGGCAAAGUCGUGACGAUCAUGAUCGCACAGCUGGGCACGGCGCCCUUGUUUUCCCAGCUGAUCUUCAGCAGCAUCUUCGCGCAGACCAAAACUUACUGGCCCGGACUAGCCUGGAUCGUCGGCGCGGUCAUCCUCAUGCCGGUCCUGAUCGGCUUCUGUGCGGCCUAUGUCAUACAGAAGCGGCCGAUUAAGAAGGAAAUACCGGCCUCGCCCGGCAAUCGCUGAUAAAUGACCGGGAUAAUGCACUUCCGGUGCGCUAACGACUAAUGCGCCACGUGCAGCUAACCGGCAAUUUUCCGGCUGAUUGUGUAACCUAUUACAGCGUUUGUUAAUACUGAACAUAUAUACAUUGCAGGAUAAUUUAAUUGUCAACAAACGGCCGCUUCAAGUAUAUUUGUACAAAAAAUAAACCAUGUAAAUAUAUCUCCUGUAAAAAUAAUCCUUCUGUCAC